AAAAACUCCGAACGCCAAUCAAGUGAAAUCAAAUAGCGAUGUCACACUUUUUUAAGACAGCGAUUUUUAUUGCGCUUUUGUCAGGCUGCAGCUUUGUAUAUUCAUGUACACUCAAUAUUGAAGGGCCCUCACCUUUAUUUACAAAGGAUUUUGGAUCUAAAACCAUAGCUUUCAGAGCACUCGGAAAAGAAUUGUUUUUUGAAAACGGUGAAACUAUUCAGGUAUACUGUAACAAUGGGCUAAGGAUACAGAGAAACUACUACGCAGAUAUUUUUCCAACUGAUCGAAGAGCAGAGUUCACCUGUGAAAGCAUGUCUCUUAUGUACGAGGGAAAUGCUACACCAUUUGUAAAAGUUUCCUGCUCACCUGAAGCUGCUUUAAGCUUUUAUGAAAGCAACAGGAAACUACCAAAAUGUGAAUCUUUUAUGAGCUAUGCACUCGGAGUCAAGCUCCCAGCCAUUGGUGAUGUCAUAAAGGCUGCUAUCUGUUAUGACCUGGAAAGGCUAACAUUGAAAUACGUCACCUAUAUUGCGGACCAUAAGAAAAUUUCAAUAUUCAAUAAGUUGAAUGCUAACAGUGAAUUGCUUGUGGAUUUGG